AGAGUGAACCAAUAGUUGAAGUGUCACUUAUCUAAAUCCAAAUAUUGGAUUGAUUUCCACCAUAAAUAAAGAGAAGCAGCUCCAAAUCGCAUAAAAUGGCAGAUGCUAUAGUUUCAGCAGUGGUGGAGAGAGUUGCAACUAUGAUAGAAGACAAGAUUCGGUAUGAAGUCAAUUUGGUGAAAGGCGUGAAGAAGGAGCUUCAAAAUCUUUCCAAGAAGCUCAAUACGAUCAGAAAGGUGUUGGAUGAUGCAGAAAAGAAAGCAGUGAAUGAUCAAAGCGUCAAAAGUUGGUUGAAGGAGCUCGAAAACACGACUUAUGAGAUGGACGACAUUUUGGAUGAAUGGAACUACUCUCUUCUCAAACAUAAGUUGGAAGAUUUUGCUGAGCCUGAGCAAAAGAUAGGCUGCUCCUUCAUCCCAUGUUCGUGUUUAUCUUUCAACGAAAUUUCUGUUCGUCGUGAUAUUGCCAAGAAAAUUGAACAUGUGAAUGCCAAGCUUGAUCAGAUCUUAAAGGAGAAGGAUGAUUUUAAUUUUGUCAUCUCUCUGCCUGCGCCCGAGUCUCACCGAGAACCAACCACAUCUUCAAUCGACUUCAAGAAUGUUUAUGGGUCGGACAUAUAUAAGAAAAGGGAUGACAUAGUCAGAAAUAUGAUGCAUAAUGGUGGUGGUACCCAAAUUCUGUCUAUAGUUGGGACGGGGGGACUUGGGAAGACGACACUAGCUCAACUUAUUUUUAACGAUCCUCAGUUCGAUAAGGAUUGGUUAAAAAUUUGGGUAUGUGUCUCUGAUCCCUUUAUUGUGUCUAAGGUUGCCAAAGAUAUUGUUAAAAGUGUGGGAAAAGAGACGAUUUCUCCAGAUGCCGACCCACUAGAAGUGGUGUUACAAAAAUUAAAAGCAUCUGUUUUAGGAAAAAAGUUUCUUCUUGUCCUUGAUGACGUUUGGUCAGAAGACAGAGACAAAUGGCAGCCCCUGAAAAUCAAUCUCGAAUAUGGUGCCCCAGGAAGUAAAAUUUUGGUGACAACGAGAAAUGAAAGGGUAGCUAAGAGGAUGGGUACCUCAGAUGAUGAUAUCUAUCACCCGAAAGAGCUUAAUCCUGAAGAGUGUUGGUCAUUAAUGCGUGCCAUAUCCCUUGAAGGAAAGAGUGAGAAUGAAUGUGUAAAAUUUGUGGAUGUGGGCAAGAAAAUAGCUAGCAAAUGCAAGGGAUUACCUCUUGCUGCAGUUGUUUUAGGAAGACUUUUGCAGUUCAAGGAUUUGGAAGGGUGGGAACACGUAGAGAAGAGUGAAAUAUGGCAGUUGGAGAAUGCCGAAGUAGAUCUUUUUCCUCAUUUGGUUUUAAGCUACAAUGAUUUGUCCCCGGCUCUUAAGCGUUGUUUUUCAUAUUGUGCCGUCUAUCCUAAAGAUCACAAAAUUCAUGCGGAGACUCUGAUAGAAGAGUGGAUGGCGCAAGGUUAUCUUGGCUCUAAUAGUGGAAAUUGUGCAGUAGAACUCAAAGGGCGAGAGAACUUGAGAAAUUUAGCAAUGCGUUGUUUGUUUCAAGACAUUGAGAAAAGUGAGUCGGGGGAGCAGAUAGAAUGGUGUAAAAUGCAUGAUAUAGUACAUGAUUUUGCUCUAUUUCUUAGGAAGAAUGAUGACAAGGAGAGAAGUUGUCAAGUUUGUGAUCCUUCAUUGGUUUCUCAUGUCCAAGAAUAUCGGAGUCUAUCGUUGGACUACAAACCUCCUUUUGAUGAAAGAGACAGAAUUAGUCAAGUUUGUGAUUGCAUGAAAAGUCUUAGGGUGUUAAGAAUUCGGGGUGGACUUCCUCCAGUGGGAAUGGAAACGCUGAUUCACUUGAGAUGGUUGGAUUUAAGUCGGUCUGACCUGUCAAAGGAUGGCCUUGGAAUCAUAUGUAAGCUUUAUUUCUUGCAAACUCUUCUCUUAUCACAGUGCGAGCUAACAGAGAUUCCACGAGAAAUUGGGAAUUUGGUUGAGCUAAGACAUCUUGACUUAAGUUGGAAUAGGGAAUUAAAGGAGUUACCAGAGAGCAUUAGUAGUUUGGUUGAACUGCAAAUCUUGAAGAUUGAAGGCACUGAUAUCAACUGUGUGCCUGAAGCAUUAGGUGAGUUAAGUAAUCUCCACACACUGGAAUUGUGUCAAAUUUAAAGUAGGAAGUGAAUACAACAAGUUGGGUUUUCUGAAAAAAUUACACCAUUGUCUUACUGGAUCUCUAGAAUUGGAAAUCUACUGGAGUAGUAUGAGUGAAAUGGAGGAAUUGGUUGAGGAUGCUCGACAAGAACAAUUGAAGACACUCCUCCAAAAACUUGAAAGACUCGAAAUAUCCUUUCAGGGCAUGAUGGAUGAAAUGGAGCAGUCAUCAUUUUCAUCAUCAUCAAUAUGGAUGGAGGUAGUAGAAGCUCUCCUACCCCAUUACAAGUUGAAUGAAUUGGUAAUCAGGGGAUAUAAGGGCUCCAGGCUUCCGCAUUUUAUGUCAUCGCCUCUCAACUUUAUAAAAGAGAUUGUUCUGAGUAAUUUGAGUGAGGUGUCAUCAUUGCCGGCUAUGGGGAAACUACCUUUCUUGGAAAUUCUCUAAAUUACUGGUGCCAAGCAAUUGAUGUUUGUCGGAAGGGAGUUUUUAGGAAUAGAAUCUUCAUCUGAUGAUGAUGUUGUUGUUGCAUUUCCUAAACUCAAGAAACUGGAAUUUUAUGGCUGCUCCAAAUGGGAGGAGUGGGAGGACAUAACGGAGGAAGAAGAAGAAUCUGCUGCCAUCUCCAUCAUGCCAUGUCUCACACGCUUGACUAUCAAUUUAACUGUGAGAGUUUGAAGAAGCUGCCGCAUCGCCUCCUGCAUAAGGUCUCCUCGUCUUUGCAGGUGUUGGAUAUCAGUGGUUCAUCAGAGCUGAUAAAAACAUACGGAGAGGACAAGGAAGGUUCAGCUUGGAGAUCCAUAUCCCAACAUAAUCCCCAACUUCAACUUCGCACAUAGGUCUAAUGCUAAUAUUUAUGCUUUUCUGUUUGUUUGCCUUUUUUGAGAUUGAAUUUGGGAUUGUGAUAAUUAUUUUUUUGCUUUAUUAGACGGAUACUCUUUUUCCUUCAUGGUGUUUUUCCCUCUGGGUUUUUUGGCCAUGAAGAUUUUAAUAAGGUCCGGCCUUGAGUGAUCGUUAUGUGUUCUCCAAGGUUUACGUGUUGUUUUUUAUGAAUGACCAUAUGGCUUCUUUCAA